GACCGUGGAGUGCGGCAGGAUCUCACCGAUGAAUCUCGAAAUCCUUCCGAGAAGGUGAUUGAGGAACAGGUGCAGAAGGCUUCGACAAUCUGGAAGGGAUUCAACUUGGAGGAAGAAUGCUCUUUGGUACCAUCAAGUGUUAUGGGUGCCGCGUUUGAAGCGAGCCGGAGCAGGAGCAGCGCCAGUCAGAGUCAGCCUCAACAAACCCGAGUUGCUAGCAAACGGAAUUCAAGGGCAAUCGCCUCUGCAACAGCUGCGGCGGCUCCUUUGGUAGUUGCAGCGAAGCAGCGUGCCAAAACAGCCAAAUGCCUCGCUGAGGCUGAACGGCUUCUUGAGAAGGCCAAGUCUGACGCCAACAACCUUUUGACAAAGGUUGCUCCUUCUGUUUGCCUAGACGACCCAGCAGAGGACCCGACUCUGGAUGUCAUUCGGACGCGCUUGAAGCUAGUGCAGCUUGGUCAGAAUGAUCAGCAAGGAGCUGAAGGAGAAGAAGCUUGCCGCGAAUUCUAUCACCUUGCCUUGCAGGACCCCUACCUGAAGGAUUGUGAAGCCACGCUUCUGGCUGACUGCUCAGCUGUGUUGACUUUGGGGCGCAUCAAGUAUUUGCGCAAUAUCCAAAUGGAUUUGCAAUUUUGCUAA